AUGAUAUUGGGACUUUUCAGGCGAAAGGGCCUCUGCUGGAUCUGCCUGGAGGAAUCGACGAUGGACUCUUCAUGGACACGACACGAGUGCGGUUGUAAUCUUCAAGUUCACAAAUGCUGUUAUUUCAGAUGGUUGUUUGAUUUGAAUAAGUCUUCUGAGCAGGGCAAAUGGGGAUUGGACCUUGGGUUUGAACCGCUUGAUGAGCUGAGAAGGAAUAUGUGUUAUCUGGUGGAUUGUCAUAGAGAGUUUCAAAGUGAGUUGUCAGCAGUAGAAGUAAUGACCUUUGUGCCAUUGCUCAAGGGUGCGUGGGUUAGUACUUUUGAAGUGUCUCCUUUGGGGGCAGUGAAUGCGUUUACAAUCAACCUGCCUCUCAGUCUCGAGCAUCAAGUUAUCGCAUUCCCGAUCGUUAUUCCUCCCUGCCCUCAAUGUAAGAGGCCAAUCUUCUCCAGACCAGUUCAUUUCACCAGCAGCUCUGUGUUCCUAUCGGCUGCUUAUCAAGUUAAGAAACUGAUACGAGCAGCAGCAGUGAUGGCGUUAUUAACCGUUUCAACUUUGAACAUAGGAAAAUGGGCGUUUAAUCUUGGUCUGUGGCAGCUCAGAUGCUUAUUUCCUGAGCGAGUUCUACGGUCUGUGUUGCGUGUCAGCACCACGAAAGCACUGGACGUCUAUGGUGAAACAAUGCAGGGUCGAAGGAGCAUUCCCAGUGUCACUCAAUUUCUGGUAUUGGGAUUCCCAUUUUAUUUGAUGGGCUUGAGGGGCUCUUCCCGAGUGUUGAACAAGUUACAGUGGAUUUACUCGCUGGUUUUCACUGUAAGAGCAGGGCAUCACACUGGCAAAUCACGAAACGCUCUUUCCCAUUUAGUGUCAGUUAUCAACUUGAGUGUUCUAUUCAAUUCGACAAUCGUUUCGCCCACUUUAACAAGAAUAUAUGAGUUUAUGGUCAAAAAGGCACGACCAUAUUUCUGCUUGACCAGCGACAGCAUGGAUAUCUUUCCAUCUCAAGAGUAUUCCAACAUUAUUAUCAAGACAUCAUGGCAUGACGUACUCUUUGAAGCAGCUGUAUGGCCGUGGUGCGGAGAGAAAGUUGGAUCCAAACUGUUCGAUCUUUUUGUUUGGGUUCAGAAAGAAAUACCCUACAAGUUUACACCGGAGGCUUCCCCGGAUGAGGUUCGAAUGGUAUUUAAUGUCCUUGGUUGCGGCCUUCUAGCAAUAGCACGUCAAUCGUUGAACCUAUACAUAACAUAUCGGAGGGCGCAAGAAUUGAGAAAACUUCAAGAUUGUUUUGAUGAAAAAUGA